AUGACAAUUUGCUCUAUAAAGGUUGUUAAUGGUGUUCAACAUUUAUCUUAUAGAGAUGCAUGUUAUGCACGUGGGUUGCUAGCAGAUGAUAGAGAAUAUAUUGAUGCAACAAAUGAAGCAAGUGAAUGGUCAUCAGCAUCAUCUAUGAGGAGGCUAUUUGUAACAAUGCUUACCUCAAAUGCUAUUAGUCAACCCGAAAAUGUUUGGAAUGUUGUAUGGCAUCACCUGACUGAGGAUGUGAAAUAUACUCAACGAAGAUUACUAUUUGAUUCAGGUUUGGUUCUAAAUGACGAUGAGAAGAAAACUUAUGCUUUAAUUGAGUUGGAAAAAAUGCUAAAAGUUUUGAACAAAAGUUUGGUAAAUUUUCCGUCUAUGCCUAUUCCUGAUUUAAGUUAUCAAUUUGUGUCUGGAAAUCGUUUAUUGUAUAAGGAGUUGUCUUAUGAUCGUGAUGAGCUUAAGAGAGAACAUGAUUCCUUGGCAAAACUUUUGUUUGGAAAACUUUGUCAGCUGCUAUUCGUUCAAAAGAUCAAUGAGGAUUCAACAUGUAACAUAGCACAAGGUAGUGAUCUGGCUGAGUUAAUAAUCAAAUGCAAACUAAUAAUUUGGGAUGAGGCACCAAUGAUGCAUAAACACUGCUUUGAAGCAUUAGAUCGAACAAUGAGAGAUCUAAUGAGGUUUGAAAAUGUCUUAAGUGGAAGUCUGACUUUUGGGGGUAAGACUAUUGUUCUUGGAGGUGAUUUUCGACAAAUUUUACCAGUGAUUCCAAAGGGUUCAAGACAAGAUAUUGUUGGGGCAAACAUUAACUCCUCUUAUCUGUGGAACAGUUGUAAGGUUCGAAGGCUAACUAAAAACUUAAGAUUACAAUCAGUAGGAGAUGUUGAUUGUCGUGCAGGAAUUGAGAAUUUUGCUAACUGGAUAGCUACUAUAGGUGAUGGUGAAAUUGGUGUGGAAGAUGAUGGCCAUACAAGCAUAGACAUUCCAAAAGAGAAUUUGUUACAAAUUUCAGGUGAUCCUAUUGAAGCAAUAGUUAACAGCACAUUCCCAAUGUUUCUUACUGAUUCUUUUGAUAUGUAG